AUGGUGUUCAUACAACCGAAAUAUUACAGUCUUGGAAGCGAGAGUACUGACCUGUACGUCAGCCUGGGUUGCUGGAAUGACACUGCUGACCGCGCCAUUCCGAUACUCGAGGAUCCACGCCUAGAUAACAAUUACCCGGCCCGUCAAAACUCCACAGAAAAGUGUUACCGGGUCGCCUUUGAUCGCGGAUUUCGCGUGUUUGCUGUACAAGAUGGCGGCCAGUGUUUCGGAUCUGCUGAUGCCCACAACACCUACAAGAAGUACGGACCCUCUACAGCCUGUGCAGCGGACGGCGAAGGGGGGCCUUGGGCCAAUGAGGUCUACCAGAUAACAGGUGCACACACCACUGCAGCAAGUAAAACCACUCUCGGGACGACAAAUUCCGCAACCACAAUGAUGACCACCAUUCCGACGACACUCAGUGACACUACACUACACUACACUUCACCGAUGAUUACCACUCCGACAGCAGUAAGCAAAACCACGAAAGAAAGGCACCUGGCAACAGAGGACCAUCCAUUAAGUACACAUUACGAAGUGCGUCCUGAGGUCAGCAUCCGUCCCUCAGAGGUACAGGAUGUGGCCGUAGGAGAGAUCAUCACCAUCACGUGCCAUACAACAAGACGUUCGGAUGAUUAUAUCUACGAGUGGAAAGUAGAUGGAACACUUAUACCCAGCCAGAGAGGCCCAGUGUUCAGGUAUGAAGCUGCCAGUGGUGUUCACAAAGUCAAGUGCAAGGUGACAAGUUCAGGCGGUGAGACGGAGUCUGAAGACAGUACCGUGACUGUGCUGCCAGAAGGAGCCAUAACAUUUACGUCCAGCAUAAGGAUAACUGGUAGAAACUUCACCCCUGAGAUGGAAAAUCCUAAUUCGGAUGAUUUCAAGACCAUCAGCACGGAGAUCAAGGACUGGUACCGCCAGGCCAUGACAAGUGUCCAAGGCAGCAUGUUUAUCAGAGUGAAAGACGCAAAGCCAGGAAGCGUCAUUACAAGUCAGAACAUCAAUGUGCUUAAUCCGGAGCUUCAAGACAAGGACCUGUAUGACGACAUCUACAGGGCCCUGAGAACAGCUGUACAGAUUCCAGGCUCUCUCGGGAUGGAUCCAACCAGUCUUACACUUUUGAGUGCGACUACGUGUUACGGCGAAACGGUAUCUGUGACAGACCAAUACUCCAACUGGGUAAACCUCACCUUUCCAAGCAUUGCAGGAGACACACAUGUCUACUCGAUGGAAAAGUGUGCUAACAACACGGAAAGUGCUGGUGUUCCACUAGCAGUCCGCAGAUGCACCGGAAGUUUUGAGACAGGUGUCAGCUGGGGCAGCCCAGAGCUGUUGGAUUGUGGCUUUGACCUGUCCAGACUAGCACAGAUGCCUAUAACUCCAGAUAACGCAGAGGAAGUCGCUGCAGUCUUGCAGAUUCUUACUUCUAACGGGAGUUCGCUCAUGGCCGAAAACAUCGCAGAUGCCUCCACUGUACUGGACAAUCUGGCGAACACGACUGGAGACCAAAAUGUUGGCUACUCCGUGGUGGUGUCUGUUGACCAGAUAAUGAACUCUGAUGAUGAGGUUCUUUAUCAGAGUCAAGUCAAGGACCAGUCUCUCUCUAGAAUUGUGCGUGCCAUUGAGCAGUUCAAUGAUCGUGUUAAUCUGACGACAAAACCUUUUCGACGCAUUGAGCAAAACAUUGGCGUGGAAACCUACAAGAUUGGUGCAACGGACCUGGUUAACAGUGUUGGAUUUGCAUCCCUUGAUGACAGUGGAGACCUUGAGGACGGAUCGGUUCGGUCCUACUCUGAGUCCUCUUCCAUCCCCAAUGAUAGAGUGGAUGCUUCCAUAGUCUUACCUGCAGAGCUCGCAUCUACCAUUGCCUUCAUGAAGGACAAUUUACCUGGUUAAUGAAUCUUUUGUCCUAAUUUUUGCAUACAAUGUGACAAAAUAACCCUUUGUGCAUCUUUUAUGUAAGACAGAACAAAAUGCUCAUUCAAUUAUCUAUUAUAGUUAUAACUAUCAAUCUUUUAACCCAUAUCGCAUACAAUGUUGUUAGGCUUUUCUUUUUUUUAACACAUGCAGAGUUCUUAGAACAUAUAUGAUAUAAGACUUUUAAUAUCA